CCACCGUCCUGUGACAUCAUCACUGGUGUUAUCAAACGAAUGGAAACGAAACUUCUUUGAGAUCAAUAUAUUCAAUUCAUCAUAACAAAUAGAAGACUCAAUGACUUUCAGUUGCACCGCCUUUGUAGCAUUCGUAUAUCGAUCUCACAGAGCAACCAAUGUACCACGUGUUCAAAUGCCCGUCUACCAUAAUCAAAUCGGGAACAUUUUCAUUUGUUACGGGAUAAACUCCAAGGAAUUAGAGGUAAUUUACCUAAUAGGAGGAUUUUUGGAUUAAAUCAACCUGUCAUCACGAAGGGAUGGAGUAUUCAUUGAUAACCACGGAGUCGAUGAUGCCGACGACGAUGAUGAACUUGUCGAUGAAUGGGACGAACGGGAAUGAGACGAGAGGCUACACUGGCCCCGACCUUAAGCUAGCCACCAAGGUCAUCCACAUGAUCAUCCUCAUCUUUCUCAUGAUCUCCAUGGGAUGUACACUGAACUACAAGGAUUUUCAAAAGACGAUCCGUAAGCCAGCUGGUUUCUUCGUUGGUAUGCUCUGCCAGUUCAUCCUGAUGCCCUUGCUAGGGUUCUGCAUUGCACUAGCGUUUAAAUUGCAUGCAGCGGGGGCUCUCUCGCUCCUGGUCCUGGCCUGCUGCCCCGGCGGUACACUCUCGAACCUCUACACCUAUUGGGUGGAUGGGGAUGUGUGUCUCAGCGUAUGCAUGACAGCAGUGUCCACGGCAGUGGCUAUCGGGAUGAUGCCCCUGAAUCUCUUCAUCUAUAGCCGAGUAUGGACGGACGACAAGGCGGUCAUCCCGUACGUCAACAUCGUCACCACUCUCGUGAUCAUCCUCGUACCGGUCGCCUUCGGCGUGUUCCUCAACUGGUGGAAGAAAUGGCUGACGAAGCAUCUUACAAGGAUUGGCGUCGUCUGCUCCUUCAUCUGCAUCAUCGUCGCCUUCGCCUUCAGCAUCGUAAUGAACCCCGACUUCCUGCGGGCUGGCUGGAAGCUCUGGUUCUGUGCAGCCGUACUUCCCAUCGCGGGGUUCGUCAUGGGUUACGGCAUCGCCCGUCUGCUCCGACAGCCACACAAGAAGUGCCGUACCAUCGCCUUCGAGACCGGCUCCCAGAACGUCUCGCUGGCCUUGACCCUCACUGUCAUCACCUUCGCCGACUCUCCCCUCUUCCUCGACAUGCUCUUCUAUCCAUCCCUCUAUGUCUGCUUCAUCUACAUCGAUUCAUUUCCCCUCAUCAUCGGCUACAAGAUCUACUCCUACUACCACAAUAAGAACCGGAAGCUCGACGAGAAGGAACACGUCGACAAGGAUGUCUACGCCGAGGUAGGCGGCGAUUCGGACGACGACGACGAUGUUGAUAGUUGUAAGAAAGAGGAAGCUAAGAAGCAGGAAAUGCAACCUAUGCACAAAAAUGGCUUAAAUGAAAAUGGAAAAAUAUGAUACAAGGUGCGACUUGUUAGGCUGCCGAUCACUGUACGACCGUUCUGCGAUCCAAAGAUUAAUUAAUAUCAUUUGCAUUUGAUUAUAAGAAAUUAGAUGAACCCCCACCAUCUCAGUGAAUUAGUUAUACAUAUCGGUACCAAUCGGACAUUUGUGCAAUGUAAUGACCUUAAUAUGAGAACCGAAUGGAUCUGACAUAUUAGAUUUUCGUUAAAGUUCCAUUUUAAGUACAAUGGAACUUUCCCCAUUCAGUGAAUAUCUUGUUAUUAGUAUUACUAUUUUGAAUUCGUUUUACGAUUUUCCUUCUAUACAUGUACAACGAUCGCAGUUUGGUCGUAUAGUGAACGCUGCACUUAAACAUGAUGUUUAUUACCUCUUUCGCUUGGUAUCGAACAUCUAUCAUCUGAAAUGUAAAUUGUAUAAAAGGCUAUUUUCAUAUUGUGAAUUUCAUACUAUACUGAGAAAUAUUACCACAGCGUUAUUAUCUAUACACUAUACAGAAAACUUUAUAGGACACUUGUAUUAUAAGCAGAUUUAAUUGGAAGCCCUGUAAGUGGAAUAUGAUAGUUUAUGUAUUUAUAUUAAACAUUUUGUAAAUUCAUAAUUUCAUAUUAAGCUUUUGCUUGCAGUGUUUCAUGCAUUUUUUUAAAUUUCAGUUUCGUUCUUACAUCGUUUUUCCCUGAAUGUAAAAGAAAAAAAAUUAUUUAGGAGUGUUUGAUUUACGACAUGGACACGGGGAAUAACUUUAAUAUGCCAUGAUAACUAUACGCAAUCAAAGAACAUUUGCAAUGUUUUAUUUACUUGUUUGGAGUUGCCAUGGGAACCCUUAUGGGGAAACAAACAUGGGUACUGAGGAGCGUUUAAUGACAGAACAAUGUCCGACGUAUUAUCCGACAAGUCCGUCGGUUACCAUAGUAACAGCGCUUCUAAUCCAAUCAAAAUCAAGGAGAAGAACUUGUAGGACGGAUAGGCCUAAAUCUUGAUAAAAACGCUUCACUGGAGGUGGGCCUAUAUGUAAACGAUUGAUAAGUAGAGAUUAUGACAUACUCAGUUCUAACAAGAAAAAUGAGGGGUAUAACUAUUUCUUUCUCUGCAUGAAGAAUGAAUAAGAUGGAUGUUUGACUCUUUUAAUAGCAGAAGGCUCAUCGAUCGCAUGUUCGUCUCCAGUUUACAGUUUAUAUUUUACAGUUUAUAUAAAGGGGGUUCGUUUCAUAAAACUGUUCUAAGUUAAGAGUGACAUCGACUGGUGAACAUUUCGUGUGAUGUGGUAAAUGAUCUUUCAGGCCCCAAUUCUCGAAAUAUGGCUAACUUAGCCCACGGGGGAUAGUUAGCCGAGUAGGCUAAAGUUAGCACGGGCUAAUUUAGCCACCCUUCGAGAAUUCGAGCCUAUUAUUUCCAUUGGUGAGUAUUUAGCGCGCAUAAGAAAAGAUCACCAGUCGUCCUUAUAGUCGCUCUUAACUUACCGACUACUUUACGAAACACCCACCAGUAUCGGUAAGACUAAUGAAGCUGGUACAUAAUAUACAUACCUAUAAUACCAUCUUAUCCUGACCUGCGAGGGAAAUUUUUAAAGAAAAAUGCCCUUUCCACUUUUCGGAGGCUGAUCAUGUAAAAGGCUAUAUAGCAAGGCAAAUAUUUGUUCGUUAGAAAAAUGAAUUAUGAUUUUAUUGCGCUUUGGGCUGACGGUCUAGGGAAAUUCUUAUUGUUUUUCGUCGUAGAAUUCAUACUUAAAAUUAGGAUAAGUUUAGGCCUACCUCAGGUAUAUAAAUAUAUUCUUUCUUAUGGAACAAGGAAUUGCCGUGGUUUCAGAAACAAGAUUGAAGUUAUUUUAAUUUUCGUUGUAUCAUAGGCUUUUCAGCACUACACCAACAACAUUUUCUGCUGAAUCUAUUUUGUUAAAUUCGUUAUAUCAAAUAAUUUUUAAUGAGAGCUUGAAAUUAUUUAUUUGAUGUAAAACUGUAUACAUAUAUGAAAAUGAUGAUUUGCAUUUGCAACGAGAUGUUAGUGAUAUAUCCUGUUACUUCUUAAUAGAGACAUUCUCACUCAUAUCCUUCGAAAGAAUAAAGUCAUUUUGUGUCAUUAAUUAUCGACUAUGUAUAGAACUAUAAAACUCUCAUCGCCAUUGUAAAUUUGUUCAGGAUUGUAUACGUAAUUUCACACACUUUUUUUUUCUUUUACGUCUCAUAUUGUUGACAAAUACAGCAGCUCCUAGUUCUUCUCGUUGUGCCUUGUAAACCCCAAAUCAACAAUAAGUCGACAGAGAUCCUUUGUAGAGCAAAAAAAAAAUGGAAGUUGGUCAGUAAAAA